CAAUUUGCUACUCUUCUCGGUCGAAAGACGCGUCCAUUCCAUCUCCUAGUGGGCUCUACCCGGUUUAUUGGUUUGAAGAAAUACGAGUCAUACUUCCCGUGUUCCCGUAAACGACCCCCUCUUGCUGUUAUCUCCCGCGAGCGCGUACUGUGGCUUCAACCUCUCCAUCUCAAUUCUCAAUUAGAGACUCUAGCCUCUCCGGCGAGAAGGCGCCUUCACCAUGCGUUAAGAGCAUUCGAUACCUUUGACUGUGCUCAAUCCAGAUACUACAAUACCGAAUAUGACAUCGACAUCUGCGUCUACGUUCGCCCGCAACCUGUCCUCCCCAUUCCAAAGUCAGUUAAGCGAGCACUUGCACGAACCGAUAGAACAAGGCAAUCCCAGCGAAACCAGUUUUACAGAAGAGCCCAAGGAGGAUAAGAGCAGUGGUAACAACCUCGAGACGCCCCGAAAGACCAGGCCAAAGACGCGUUCAUUAUCUGACGCCCAGAAACCCACGCCUCCAAGGCAGCCUGCCUCCGGGGACCUUGACCGGCGAGAGAGUAAAGAUGACAGUUCGAUAUCAUCCAUGAGCUCAGUAACCCCGCAGAGACCAUCAUUUCAGUCUUCGUUAUCUCUCCAACUGCCUGCUAGAACGGCUGGUUCCCCAUCCAUAGCUACUCGGGCACCGCUUUCUCCAAAGCUCGAUUCAUCCCAUAUAUACGGCUCGCCUGCAUCUGUGCUACCUAGACGUUCACGUGGACUGGAGUUCUCUCGCGCAUGUACAAAUCUGCAUCAUUCUACGCUGGCAGAGUCCUCGCCGGAUUCUUCCCCGGUCAUCGCCAGUAGGGGCAUGAACAUCCCGCAGCGCCGUGGUUCCCAUGGCUCGAGUUCUGUACAUCCGUUUUCGACCUCGGGUCCGGCUGACCGAACGGCAAUCUCGAGUUCGGUGUCAAGCGUCAACAUGAUGGAGUCCGAUACUAGCAGCAGUGAGGAAGAUGAUGAUGAGUUCAUGAUCGGUGAUCGCGACGACAUGAUGAUCACCAAUACACCGCAGGCGAGCAAAUUUGGAAAUGGACCGAACCCAUUCUCUGCGGGCAAUGUACCUAGCCCUGGAUAUGACUGGAUGGGUGGCUAUUCUCAAACAGCGGCAAGUCUGAUGAGUUUCCAACGCGCUCGCCUUGGUAAAAAUCGAAGUAGACACAGUUCCAGCAGCGGCAGUGGUAACAGUUCAAAGCCCAGUCCAGUGCCCCUUUCACCACCCGUGAUUAAAAGCAUCGAGGGCUCGAACGGGGGGUAUUUCACUUCGAAAGGCGGUUUCCAGCCGCCGCGACGGGAGAGCCUCAGUCUAGGCACGGGUGACUUGCGUUUAUCGGAUAUAAGUGAUGACGGAGAGAAUCGCUUUGGGCGCGGUCGUAGCCCUGCGGCCACGUCGAGCCCCGGUAGUGGGCCGCUUGGGGUUAUUCGACGGGCAGUGACUCGGCGUAGCAGUUUACUGCCCAAAACAAAAGGGUUUGCACGGAUCCAAGCGGCUCUUUUCGAAGAAGCCGCCCCCAUUGAUAGCGAAGCAAAACGUGAAGCAGAGGUCAUUCGCCAGGUUCGUGAGAGCGAACCGAGCGUUCCUCCAGAGCCGCGAACCCUGGAUGCCUCCCCAUCCAUCGAGCCCUCGUGCCCUUCUGCGGCAAUCGAGGAUGCUGAAAAUGCAUCGACACAGUCUCAAGCUACUAUCCCAACCGAAAAUAGCUUCAACAGCCAGGCUGUCAGAAACUCGGCCGGACCGAACUUCUGGGACUCCUUUGAUGGUCGCUAUCGCACACCCCCACCACCUGCACGCAGUACUCACCCCUCAUCGGUUUCAGAGGACGACAACGCCAUGGAUAUGACGCCGUCGACGACAAUCGAUGUUCCAAAGCCAUGGGAUCGCCCCCCUUCGCAGACUUCUUCCGUGUAUACUGCCAACAUGGCGCAAACGAGGAAGCGGCGUCGAGAAGAUGAUCUUGACCCAAAUAUCUUGAAGCGGAGAGCAGUGUCUCCUAGCAUGAGCGCCCAGAGCAGUCCAAUCUUUCCCCAGUCACCGGUAGUCAAAGACGCCAAUAAUAAUAAUAACAUUUGGGGCCCACCGCCCAAGUCGGCCCUUGGACCUCUUUUCCCGGAACGUCCUGGCAGUCACGAGAAUGGCGGCCGGGGUAGUGCACCCCAUUCGGGCACACUGAAGCGGGUUGGACUACAGGGAAUGACUGAGACUAGUGAUGGGUUUAUGAAUAUGAGUAUUGAAUAACCGAUCCCUGCUGGGGUUCAUGAUCUCGCUACGAUGCUGCUUGGGAUUCUGUGUUUUCCUCAUUCUUUGUCCUUAUUUAUAUAGCAACCAGUGGGCAUACUGCGUUUCGGGCGGCGUACAAAGCACUUAUCUGCUGUCUUCUCUCUCUUUUGAACAGGAUGCGAUCGGAGUUCUUGGUUGCUGGCUUUGUUCUCAGUACAUUCUUUAUACAAGGCGCUGGGAUAUUCUUAGGAUUCUGAUAGGUUCUCAAUCGGACUGAAAUUUGCCUACUGUCUAGCAUAUAAAGAUCACAUUUUCGGUUCAAUCGAAU